GAAGAACCGUUGCCUCGUCAUCCUCAUAUUCGUUUUAAUGGAAAUCUUAUGAAAAGCUGGAGCAGAUUUACUCUGAUAGGGAAUGCCAAAAGUAGUGAACUUGAAAAAUCUGAUACAAAAUCUGUAAAUGGACUUUCUUCCCUGAAUAAUGACAAGUAUGAUUUUUCCACUGAACAUUUGUCCAACAAAAACUUAUUCCUAGACCACAAUCACUUCAUGCAAACAGCUCCAGGAGCUGAUCUCUUCAAAUCUUCAAGUAGAAACACUACAGGAGACUCUGAAACUAGUACAAAUUCCAUUUCUUGCAAGCAUGGCUUGAAAAAAAUUAAGCAGGCGAAAUCUAAAAGUCUUGGUGGUCCAGUGACUUCACUUGAUAAACCGACAUCAUUGUCCUGUCAAUUGAAGAGCAAAGGGCCAACAUUUUCAUGGCUGUUUCGUGGAUCAAAAAUGAAAUCCAAGCAUGAAGUGUCUCCAAAAACCAUUGAAUCAGAGGAUCUAUCCCAGCUUAAGAAGGAAUGGGGAGUUUUCUCAAUUGAUAUGUUGAGGGAUGAGUUACAAGAGGCCUAUGAGAAGAGGCGCUUUGCGAUGACAGAAGUUGCAGAGAUGAGAUCUUCACUGGGAGAGCUGCAGCGAAAAUUUUUUAGCUUGGAAUCCUACUGUGAGGAGCUGAAGAUGGCCCUCAAACAAGAAAUUCAGGGUAAGGACAGCCUAGUUCUGAACAAUUCGAAGAGAACAAAGCAGAAAAUUAACAGUGGCAGGAGCACAGAUGAGUCCAUGCCUGUAAGCCAUGAAGUAGUGGUGGAGGAGUUUCUACAUAUUGUCUCUGAAGUAAGAAUUUCUACUAAACUUUUCUGCGAAACUUUAAUCAGCCAGAUUGAUGAAACCGACAGCAGUUUAAUGGAUAAGCUAAGUAUACUUCUCCAUCAAUACCCGAUAACUCCAGACAAUAAAAACUCAGAGGAGGUUAUUUCCCUCUUGGAAGCUCUCAUAAACAAGUAUCUGUAUCAGGAUUUUGAGAAUUGUAUCUUCCAAAAAAACGGUUCACCAAAGGUUUUAGAUCCCAACCAAAACCGCUUGGAGAAUUUUUCAGCAUUUGUUUUGUUUCGUAAUAUGAGUUGGAAUGAUAUUUUAAGAAAGGGUACAAAUUAUUAUGGUAAAGAUUUUAGCCAGUUUUGUGAUAAAAAAAUGAGCUGUAUUGUUUCUAUUCUCAACUGGUGGAGGCCAUGGCCUGAGAUUGUCCUUCAAUCAUUCAUUGUUACGGCUAAGUGCCUUUGGUUGCUUCAUCUUUUGGCAUACUCAUUUAACCCUCCUGUAAUGAUAUUCAGAGUUGAUGAGAACAGACGUUUUGAUCCCAUGUACAUGGAGGAUGCUCUUCCAUACAAGCAGCAGGGAGCACCAGCACAGGUCAAGAAAAUGGUGACGCCUGGAUUUUAUGUGAAGGAUAGGGUUUUAAGGUGCAGGGUUAUGUGUACAUUUGAACCCUUGUAAGAGGAGUUUCCAUUUUUUUUUUAUUUGUGAGAUUGUUUGAAUUUGGGGUCUUAGUUCAUCUUAUUGUUAGUUUCUUUCCAAGAAUUGGUGAAGUGAUAAAAGUUUUAACAGCAUUGGAUAAGAAGCUGCUGUAUUUUUCACAGAGGGUGAGCAUUUCUUUUAUGAUUUAUAUGAACAAAAAUGUCAGGAUCUAAUUUUCAUGUUUUGAAUGGCUGUACGAGGGCAAAAUGGUAUAUGAUCAAUCAGUUUGAGAGGCCCUUUAGCUGAUUAAA